CUGAGCAUGCUCCAAUGCUUCCGAGCAUGCUCAGAGACGCAGGAAAAGCGUCGUCGUCAAGCAUGAGAGAGCGCUACUACACCGGGUUUUUCCUCUGCCUCUAGGUUUUCUCCGCCCCCUCCCAUUCGUUUUUCUACCUCUGCCAAGAUGGCGGCAGGCGCGGGGAGCGGAAGUGGUGCCGGCGCGGCAGGGGCGGCAUCAGUAGCCUCGCUCUGGAGCGAAGUGAAUCGCUGCGGCCAGAACGGCGAUUAUGGGCGCGCGCUGAAGUCGGUCAAUAAGAUACUGCAGAUCAACAAGGAUGAUGUGACAGCUCUGCAUUGCAAAGUAGUAUGUCUUAUCCAAAAUGGAAGUUUUAAAGAAGCCCUCAGUGUGAUUCACACCCACACCAAAGUCUUAACUAGUGAUCUGAUAGCUUUUGAGAAGGCUUAUUGUGAAUACAGGUUGAACAGGAUUGAAAAUGCUCUGAAGACCAUUCAAGGAGCCAGCCAGCAGACAGAUAAACUAAAGGAGCUUUAUGGACAAGUGUUGUACAGAUUAGAGCGUUACGAUGACUGUUUAGCUGUAUAUCGGGAUCUCAUACGCAACUCGCAAGAUGACUAUGAAGAAGAACGGAAAACAAACCUUUCUGCAGUUGUUGCUGCACAGAGCACCUGGGAGAAAGUGGUCCCAGAAGAUCUGGGCCUUCAAGAAGCUACCUACGAGCUGUGUUAUAAUGCUGCUUGUGCAUUGAUUGGGCAAGGCAGGCUGAAUGAGGCAAUGAAAAGUCUACAGAAAGCAGAAGAUUUGUGUCGUCAGUCUCUGUCAGAAGACUCAGAUGUGACUGAAGAAGACAUUGAGGCUGAACUGGCCAUUAUCCAUGGUCAGAUGGCUUAUAUUUUCCAACUCCAGGGUCACACAGAGGAAGCUCUGCAACUUUAUAAUCAGAUAAUCAAACUAAAGCCAACAGAUGUGGGGUUGCUUGCUGUCAUUGCCAAUAACAUCAUUACUAUUAACAAGGACCAAAAUGUCUUUGAUUCAAAGAAAAAGGUGAAGCUGACCAAUGCAGAAGGUGUUGAGCAUAAACUCUCCAGGAAACAGCUCCAAGCAAUAGAAUUUAACAAAGCUUUGUUGGCCAUGUAUACCAACCAGGCAGACCAAUGCCGCAAACUAUCGUCAAGUUUACAGUCGCAGAGCCCUGAACACCUCCUCCCUGUAUUAAUCCAAGCAGCUCAGUUGUGUCGAGAGAAGCAACAUACCAAGGCGAUUGAGCUUCUACAGGAAUUUGCUGAUCAGCACCCUGAAAAUGCUGCUGAGAUUAAGCUGACCAUGGCACAACUGAAAGUCGCUCAAGGCAAUGUCACCAAAGCAUGCAUCAUCCUGCGGACUAUAGAAGAGCUAAGGCACAAGCCUGGCAUGGUGUCGGCAUUAGUGACGAUGUAUAGCCAUGAAGAAGACAUUGAUAGUGCUAUUGAGGUCUUGGCACAAACUAUUGAGUGGUAUCAAGAAUUCCAGCCAAAGUCUACAGUUCAUUUGUCACUAAUCAGGGAAGCUGCCAACUUCAAGCUGAAACAUGGCCGAAAGAAGGAAGCCAUCAGUGACUUGGAGGAACUGUGGAAGCAAAAUCCAGAUGAUGUCCAUACCCUGGCGCAGCUAAUAUCUGCGUACUCCCUGGUUGAUCCUGAGAAAGCUAAAAUUCUUAGCAAACACUUGCCUUCCUCAGACACAAUGUCUCUGAAAGUAGACGUGGAUGCACUUGAAAACUCACAUGGGGCAACGUACAUUCGGAAGAAAGGAGGAAAACCCACUAAUGAGAGCCUACCGAAAGAGCAAGGCCAAGGUGAUGUUAAGAAGAAGAGGAAGAAAAAGAAGGGAAAACUGCCAAAGAACUCUGAUCCUAAAAUGACCCCCGACCCAGAGCGCUGGCUUCCAAUGAGGGAACGCUCCUACUAUCGUGGGAGGAAAAAGGGCAAAAAGAAAGACCAGAUUGGGAAAGGAACACAGGGAGCAACGACAGCCGCUUCCAAUGAAUUGGAUGCUAGCAAGACUGCAAGCAGUCCACCCACAUCCCCACGGCCCGGCACCAUAACGGCAGCCCCGUCUGCAUCAACGAGCAACAUGAUACCCCCAAGACACCAAAAACCUGUUGGUGCAGCAGCAACAAAGAAGAAGCAGCAGCAGAAGAAAAAGAAAGGUGGGAAAGGAGGCUGGUGAUUGUGACAGUAGGAUGUUUUAUUUGCAAUUCUGUUCUUUUCCUCCCUCGCCCCCCUGUUGUUGAUGCCAAGAGCAGAAUAAAGGUCAAACAAAAAGUGAA